GUGGUCUAUCGGCGCACAGUAGCCUUUUGCGUUGAAGAAACGUGGUUGGCUUGAGGCCCUCGCGACGAAGUCAAAGUUUGAAGCUUCCAGAAGGUCGCGAACGUCUGUGACCUCCGGGCCGAGUGUUGAGGUUCCUGCUAGCUUAUCUGAUUUUCCAAGUGCAUUACACAACACCCAACGCUGCACAACCCUAGUCAGCGCGUGACUCGACAGCAUCAUCACCUGCGAAUCUUCACCGUGCGGUCGCAGUGGCUAUGGCGCAGGCUGGAGGUGCUUGCGAGCAGCUGCAAGUUGGCGCGGCGGUGGUGCUGACCGGGCUGGUCGCGACCCCGCAGCUGAACGGGGCGCAGGGCGAGGUGUCCAGUCCCGCAGUGCCCGGCGCCGACCCGCCGCGCUGGCACGUGCGGCUGCUGGCGCCCCCCAGCGUGGUGGCGGAGUUCCCCGAGGGCGUGAGGGCCAAGGCGGAAAACAUGGUGGUGCUGCGCCGAGACAAUGCCCCGGCACCGGCACCGGCGGUGGCAGCGGCGGCACAGGCCCACGGUCUGGUGAAGCAGGAGCCGGCGGCGGCCGUCAUCCAGGAGGCCACUCAGCAGCCAGUGGGGGUGAAGGCGGAGGUGAAGCAGGAGAGCAGCGCCCCGGGUGGGGCGACCGGCCCCGUGCCGCCGGCAGCGGUUGCGCCGCCAGCAGCAGUGCCGGAGGCGGCUGCUGAGGGUGGCGGCGAUGGCAGUGACGGUGAGGGUGAAGGCGACGGGGAGGGAGACGGCAGCGAAACGCCGUCGCAAGCCACCAAAAAGAAGAAGAAGAAGAAGGGGCGCGGUCGGGGCGGCAAAGGCGCAGCCGCAGCCGCGGCCGCGGCCGCCGCAGGAACCGCCGCGGGCGCUGGCGCCGCGCAGCCGCCGCCCACGCCGGCAGCAGCAGCCGGCAGUGGCGGCGGCGGCCGCCCUGCCCGCGGGGGUCCGGUCCUGGACCUGGCGACCCGCACGGCGCUGGUGCGGCAGGUGGUGCAGACCUUUGACGAGGCCCUGAUCGCGGACAUGUACCCGGCCGAGGCCAUUGAGCGCGUGUUCGGCGUGUGCAUGGACACCAGCGGCCGCAGCAGCGGCAUGGACCUGCGCGCCUGGGCCAGUGGGGCGCUGGUGUUUGGCGCCUGGAUCACCGUGAAGAGGUGGUGGGUGGAGGACAGGCGGCACCAGCGGCGGGAGGCGGCCAUGGAGGUGGACGAGCGGGAUGACCACGGCGCGCAGGAGGAGCAGGCGUGGGCGCGGGAGAGGGCCUGGCUACGGGAGCUGGCGCAGGAGUGGCGGCGGGAGCUGGAGCAGCAGCUGCUGGGCGGGUCGCUGCCGGACUGGUUCGCGGGGCAGCUGGCGGCGCUGCAGGCGGGCGGGCGGGCCAGCGGCUACAACCACGAGCUGAUGCGGCGGCGGCUGCAGGGAGUGACCUGGGACACGCAGCUGCUUGACCGGUUCGCGGGCAGGUAGGCGGUGACAGGGGGCGAGUAGGCGGCCGGUAGGCGGCGGUGACGAGGGAUGAUGCGGGGUGAUGAGGUUUGGCGGCGGUUGGCGGGGUGGUGUUGUGUUGGCACUGUUCUAAGGACAUGGGAGGCUGCAUGUGACGACGAAGUGGGGCGCGUGGGAUAUUCAGGCAGGGCCCCUGUUGUCGAUUGUGCUGAGAGCGAGGCAGCCUCAUAAGAGGAGGUGCGUGGACGAAAUUCGUGUGUCAUCUUAUUACGGCGCCUUCGCCGCUGGACUAUCAACCGCAGACAGACCGGCUUACGCCCGGCGGCUACGCGGGUGCAUGCAUCUCGCCUUGCAGUGCGCCGCGUCACCCGCACGUCCUGGCUUAGUGGCCUCCCACAGUCUCCCCGACGGUGCUAUCGCUCCGUCAGCCCAGAAAGUGAUGCUGUAAUUCCAUGUACUC